AUGACGAACAAAGCUCUUGCGUAUUUGUUCUUUCUGAUUGCUGCUUCAGGUACUUUGACGUCAAGUGAAGUAACAAAAGGCGAAGAACAGAAACUUGGGACGGUGAUAGGGAUCGAUCUAGGGACUACAUAUUCAUGUGUUGGCGAGGCUGCUAAGAAUCAAGCAACCAAGAACCCGGAGGGGACCAUCUUCGACCCAAAACGUCUAAUGGGAAGACAAUUUGACGAUCCUGAUGUACAAAGGGAUAUCAAAUUCUUACCGUACAAGGUUGUUAACAAAGAUGGAAAGCCUUACAUUCAAGUGAAGGUUAAAGGCGAAAAGAAAGUGUUUAGUCCUGAAGAAAUAAGUGCUAUGAUACUAACAAAGAUGAAGGAGACAGCUGAAGCUUACUUGGGAAAGAAGAUAAAAGAUGCGGUCAUUACGGUUCCAGCGUAUUUUAAUGAUGCGCAAAGGCAAGCCACAAAAGAUGCUGGAGCAAUCGCGGGGCUUAACGUGGUUCGUAUAAUCAACGAGCCAACGGGUGCAGCCAUAGCUUAUGGUUUAGACAAAAAAGGUGGGGAGUCAAAUAUCCUCGUAUAUGAUCUUGGUGGAGGAACAUUCGAUGUUAGUAUCCUUACCAUAGACAAUGGGGUCUUUGAAGUUUUAUCCACAAGUGGAGACACUCACUUAGGUGGUGAAGAUUUUGACCACAGAGUAAUGGACUAUUUCAUCAAACUGAUCAAGAAGAAGUAUAACAAAGACAUAAGCAAGGAUCACAAAGCGCUUGGUAAACUCAGGCGUGAAUGCGAGCGUGCGAAACGAGCUUUGAGCAACCAACACCAAGUCCGCGUUGAGAUUGAGUCACUCUUCAAUGGAGUUGAUUUCUCUGAACCUUUAACGAAAGCAAGAUUCGAGGAACUAAACAUGGAUUUGUUCAAAAGGACGAUGGAGCCAGUGAAGAAGGCUCUUAAAGAUGCGGGGUUGAAGAAAUCUGAUAUCGACGAGAUUGUUCUUGUUGGAGGAAGCACAAGAAUCCCUAAAGUUCAGGAGUUGCUAAAAGAUUUCUUCGAUGGCAAGGAACUUAACAAAGGGACUAACCCUGAUGAGGCCGUGGCGUACGGCGCCGCGGUCCAAGGUGGGGUAUUAAGUGGUGAAGGUGGAGAAGAAACCCAAAAUCUAUUGCUGCUUGACGUUUCGCCGUUGAGCCUUGGUAUCGAGACAGUAGGAGGCGUGAUGACAAAGGUUAUUCCGAGGAACACGGCGAUCCCGACGAAGAAGUCUCAAGUUUUCACAACUUACGAGGAUCAACAAACAAGUGUAACCAUCAAGGUCUAUGAAGGCGAGAGAAGCAUGACUAAAGAUAACCGUGAGCUCGGAACAUUCGACCUCACAGGAAUUCUUCCUGCACCCAGGGGAGUGCCACAGAUUGAGGUGACUUUCGAAGUAGACGCAAAUGGGAUUCUACAGGUGAAGGCUGAAGACAAAGUUGCAAAGACAUCACAGACGAUUACUAUAUCGAACGAUAAAGGUCGUUUGACUCAAGAAGAGAUCGACGAAAUGAUUAGAGAAGCAGAGGAAUUUGCUGAGGAAGAUAGGAUUGCAAAGGAGAAGAUUGAUGCCAAGAACAAGCUCGAAACGUAUGUUUACAACAUGAAGAGUACAAUGGCCGAUAAGGAGAAGCUUGCGGAGAAGAUAAGCGAAGAGGAUAAAGAGAAGAUAGAGGAGGUUCUGAAGGAGACGUUGGAGUGGUUAGAGGAGAAUGUGAAUGCAGAGAAGGAUGAUUACGAGGAGAAAUUGAAGGAUGUGGAAUCGGUUUGUAACCCGGUUAUUAAAUCGGUUUACGAGAAAACCAGUGAAGAGGAUGGUGAAGAUGGUCAUGAUGAGUUAUAG